AUGGUAUACUCUGCGAAAGUGAAACUUUACUUCAUUAGACUUCGAAAGCGAUUUCCAGAAAUCGAUGAGGAGAUUAGAGAAGUCCUGACUGAGCACACAUCGCCCGAAACAAGUAUAAGCCUGCGACAGUUUGUGGAAAAGUAUACAAUACGCACUGGAAAGAUUUUUCCAUUGCAUGUGUGCGCCAUAAGAUCAACAGAAUUCCUCUUGAGCGUACCAUUUGUUGUGGGAUAUCGUAGCAAAUCUGGAACAUUGUACUUCUUUUACUUGACAAGCGGUGUACAUUGAAUGAUAUUUUGAUUGAUUGUGCCUUUUUAUGGAUACAUGUGUAUAAGUAGUUGCUUACAUUUAUGUUAUUCGCCCUGUUUAUAUAUUAUUUAUUAUGUACUUUAUGUAUAUACUACUAUUUAUCGAAUAAUAACCGGUGAAACAUCCCCAGGAUGCACAAUACGAUUAAAAAGCCAUUUGAUGAAAGCAUCAAAAUUAAUGGAAGUAUCAGCCUCGGAAAGACCUGGUGCUCAGUAGCUUAUACAUAUGUACUUUUGUUCAAAGUAACUUUAACUCAAAAGCAAAGACAAAGCCACUCAGAAGUUUCUUAACCAACUAGCAUACAAAAAAACUAUUUUCCUGUUAGGGCGAAACCCUGUUCCAAAGAUGUUGCAGCUUUUUCUCGGAACUCCCAAAAGUAUGCCAUAGUCUUCAAAUUAAGCCGAAAAUCUUUUCCUAACUAGUCAUUCCUUCAUGUUUGGUCUUCGGUCCAAAAUAAAAAAAAAAAAACAAAAAAACCUCCCGAGUGUAUUUCUGCCAUGAAAAAUUGCUUCU